AUGUUCAAGAUCACGGGCGAGGAUGACACGAUGCACCUGGGGUGUCUCCUCCUUGACGGCGACACCGCUUGCGUCGGGUGCAUCCAGUUCGUCUUCGAGGAGCUUCCUGGCAUGAUGUUCUCGGAUGCCGUGGGGUACUCGUCCAUGGGUGUCAUGGACCAGCUGUUCGAGGGCGGGGCUUCUCCAAUUGAUGUUGCCAACUCGCCGCCUACAGGCGCUAGCGGCAUGGCCGUCAGGCAGGAGGCGUCCGUCGGACACGAGCUCUAUAUCAAAGUGCUGGCGCUGAGCAGCAACGACGUCAUGAAGGAGUUCGGCAAGCUUCCCAAGACUCUCGGUCUCAGGGGCGUCAUCGUCUGCCAGCGGCCGUCCCCCAUGGUAGUUUACCCGUUCAAGAUGAUCCAAGAUCGGAAGGGCGCUUGCCCGGCGCUGAAGAUAUUCCAUCGAAAUUCCAUGGGCUCCCAGGUCACCUACACUAAGGACGGAGCGAAGGAGUUGAUGAAGGGCCACAGCGAUAUGCUGCUUGCGGCAACGGCGAACAAAGUCGGCACAGGCGGCGACGAGGAGGGCCAGGUCACUUUCAACCAGGGCAUGCACUCUGCUAUUCCGACCUUCCAGUCCAUCAAGGACCGCCGCGACGCACUGAACGCCAAGUCCCAGAAGCGGUUCGGCAAGCAGAAAUCUGGCGCGAUCGACGAGGAGGUCCUGAACCCAAAUAUGUCUGGCACGGUCGAGUAUUGGAUUUGGGAGCUGAAGUUUGAACGGGCCUCCAACGACUGCAAGAACGGGCGCACGGAAAACCAAGCCAAGAUCUUGCUGCCGAAGAUCAGCGGCAACGACCGCAAGAACUUGCAGAUCCACGUGGACCUCUACACCAUGGCGAAGUGCUUCAGCACCACUGAGUGCAAGAACCACGAUAACACUGAGCUCACGGCGAAGUGGAAGGAGCUGAAGAAGGCAGGCGCCACCUUCACGAAGUUCUGCUUGAAGGGCUUAUCCAAGAGGUACGUCAACCAAGUUUGGAAGACUGUCGACGAUUCCGAUACCGACAUUUCCGCGAAGAGGGAUGCCAUGAGGAAGAUGCUUACCGCCACCGCUCCGUGGGACUCUGACGUCGCGGCCGCGCGCAACAUCGACCCGUGUUCCGUGAAGCUGGUCCAGGCUUGCGAGGAUGAUUCGGAGAUCGCCGAUUAUUUCAUGGAGUGGGUUUUCAGCGACACCUUCCAACUUUGGAUCAGCGCGGGCAACUCCAGGGCAAAGGACGUGCUUAUGUUUGUGGAGGAGGCCAUCGCUCUCUGGGACACGCUUCCAGAAGACGCGGUCUUGGGGGAGGAACCUGCGUUGUGCCUUCUCCAAGCCAACACCGUUGCUCGCCUCCUCCAGGCGUUGAGCGCAGACAGCUUGCCGCAGGACCUGAACCUGGACAUCUUCGAUAGCCUGGCCGCGGUGGAGAGCGAGGCCAAGCGGACUACGGGAGGGCAGACCGUCCUGAGGAUCGCUGGGCAGGCGUUGAUGACGUCGGCAGGGGGCUACUGGCAGAAAAAGCUCGACUGGGCCAACCAGCAUGCGACGUCGCUCCAAGAGCACGGCGGCGCUUUACAGCAGGCGGCUUCGGACUUGACGGCGGUGUCCACCACCUCCGUGCCCAACAAGACGAUCGGCGAGCGCAUGCUGAGCAUCGCGAAGGAGAUCCCCUACUGGGAGGCGCGGAUGUACGAGGGCGCGUCCGACAUCGUGAAGGCAAUCUUGCUCGAGAAGGCGACCAAGUUGUGCGAUUUGCUGGUGGCGGGCGGCGCCAGGGGCGCCGCCGCCGCCGUCGCUGAUGCCGAAGCGCCCGAUGAGAGCCCCUCGGCAGUCCUGGCCGUCUUCAAGGACCUCUUCAAGGAAAUGUCGUCCAUCUUCCCAGCCGAUGAGCACGUCGAGAAGUCGGCGCAGGACAUCCACAGCAGGCUUUUGGACAUGGACCUUGCCAGCAAGCACGACCUCGUGAUGCAGGCCGUGCGCGAGUGGGGGCCCUCUGGUGACAAGACGCGUCGCCUCCGCGAUGCGCUCCACGACUGCCGCGCCAAGGAGUUGCCAGACGAUGUCCGUGAGCCUUGCUACAAGCUGUUCGAGGGCAUCGUGAGGACGGCAGUUGACAAUUCGCCCCAGGGCCCGAUGAUCCCCGUCGACGGCUCGGUGUUCGACACGUUGGAGUUUCUCGCGGGCCGCGCGCCCCAGCCCCACACCGACGCGUGCACGAAGGUCUCGGCGAUGGUGAACGCGGCGUGGAGGGCGCUGGUUGCUUUCAAGAAGGUGCAGGACGCUACGAGCGAACAUGAAGCUGAGGCUGCUCCGCCCAGCUCCGAGGUGGUCGAUGGCAUGGUGAAGGACCUGGUCAGGGCGCUCCAGAAGUACAAGUCGACCGCGAAGCCGACGCUGCUGGAUCGGUUCGCCCCUGGUGCAUCAGAGCUGCUGGGCGCCAGGAUCGAUGCUGCCAAGGAGUUCGUGAAGCAGAAUGGUAGCAGCAGCGUGGCGGCGAUCCAGUCCAACAUCACGAGCAAGAUGACGACGCUGAGGCAGAUGAUCAAGGAGUCCCCCCACAUGGGCGAGUACGAGAAGGUCUGCAUGUCGGCCACCGCUCUGCCGCCGAUCCUGCAGGUCGCGAAAAAGGGACUGACAGACGCGAACACGGGGGACUGGCUCGAGAGGUGCGCGCAGAUCGAGGGCGAGGUCGAGCAGCUCCGCGCGAAGGCGGGCGAGUACGGCAUCACUGUGCAGACGGAAGACAUCAAGACCAUCGAGGGCGCCGUGUCAGAGAUCAGGGCGGCGUGCAUCAGCAUCGAGCUGUGCAGUCACUUUGGCGACGCAGAGCUGGUAAAAAACAAAGUGGGGCUGAGAACGAAAAUGACAGCGGUGCAGGCGAAGAUCAGGAAGUACGCGCUCGAGCCCAAGUCCAUGCCAGAGCCGAUCGUGAAUCGCUAUCGCGAUGGCCUGAAGAUGAAGUGA